AUGGCUAAUCAGUUUUUCCGAUUUUUGCUCCUUGUAUUUUCUACAGUAUUCUCUCAUACUACCGUAGCAUUUAUUUGGAAUGAUGAUCGAAUUGUUAAUUUACCUGGAUUAACAUUUAAACCUAAUUUUGAGCAAUAUUCCGGAUUCUUACCAACAAAAACCGGAAAUUUUUUGCAUUAUUGGCUUAUCGAAUCACAAAAUAAUCCAUCAACUGAUCCAUUAAUUUUAUGGUUUAAUGGUGGAUUAGGUUGUAACUCACUUGAUGGUCCAUUGGCGCAAAUUGGACCAUUCCGCGUUAAUCAGGAUGGUGAAAGUUUAUUCGAAAAUAUUUAUAGUUGGAAUAAGGUUGCUAAUUUAAUAUUUCUCGAAUCACCGUAUGGUAUCGGUUUUUCAUACAGAAAUACUUCAAUACCAUCAGAUGUGAUAUGGGAUGAUGACAUGAUAGCUGAAGAUAAUGCUGAUGCAUUGGAGCAAUUUUUUCAACGAUUUAAACAAUAUCAGAAUCGUGAUUUCUACAUUACUGGUCAAGCAUAUACAGCAAUUCAUGGACCAAUGUUAGCAAAUGUACUAAUCAAAAGGAUUCAGAAUGGAAAUCUUUAUAAUAUCAAAUUAGCUGGCUUAGCUAUUGGAAAUGGUGCUUACAAUGAAAUGGACAGAAUAAAUUCAAUGAUUGCCUUGCAGUACUACAAUGGAAUGCUUGAUAAAAAAGAAUUUGAAAGUUUUACUAAUUGUUGUUUAACGGCUAUUCCCGGACCAUUGGCAUAUUGUAACUUUUCGCAGUUUAUAAAUUGGACAACAAAUAAACCCAUUGAUAAUAGUGAAUGUGCAUCUAAAAUAACGAAAUAUGCAUUUAAUAAACGAUUAGAAAAUUCGUUUAAUAAAUAUCAAGAUUGCUAUAUGGAUCCGAUAUCAACGGAUGAUAUAAAAAUAAUGAAAUCAACGAAUUAUCAACAACAACCAAUGUUCAAUGUAAAUUCACCUGAAACAUUUAUCGAUCAAGGUUCACUCAUAAAUAUUGAAUCAACUGAUGCACAAUAUGGUUUUCCAUGUUGGAUUAAAAAUGCAAUAAAAAAUUAUUUAAAUUUAUCAAUUGUACGAGAAGCAUUAAAUAUUCCCAAUAAUUUACCAUCUUGGUCAAUGUGCAGUAAAAUGUUCCAAUCGAAUUAUAAAAGAAAAUAUCUUGAUAUGAUGCCUAUUUUUCAAUCAAUUAUUCAUCAUUUCCCAUUAAUUUAUCCAAAUGAUAUACGAAUAUUAAUUUAUAAUGGUGAUGCUGAUAUUCAAUAUAAUUUUUUGAGUAAUGAAUGGUUUGUGAUGAGAAUUACUAAUAAUUAUCCAAAAUCAAAUCGUCAAUUGUGGACUUAUCAAGAAAAUUCAGAAUUUCUUGAGCAAUUAGCUGGUUAUUAUCAGCAAUUUUUUAUGAGUGAUUAUGUGACAAUUGAUUAUGUCACUGUAAAAGGUGCGGGUCAUUUUGUACCGUUGGAUCGCGGUGGACCAUCAUUGCAAAUGUUUGCAAAUUUUAUUGAAAAAGCAAAUUAUAGUAGUAUUUUGAGUUAUGAUACAAAACCAAAAUCAAUUCUUCCACAAUAUCAACCAGUACCACAAAUAACUCCAACACGCAAGCAACGUGAUCGUAUAUGGAAUUUACCGGGAUUAACCUUUGAACCAAAUUUUAAGCAGUAUUCUGGCUAUCUGAAUGCUGAUUCUGGCCAUUUGCAUUACUGGUUUGUUGAAUCACAACGCAAUUCAUCCAACGAUCCGUUAAUAUUAUGGUUAAGUGGUGAGCCAAGCUGUAGCUCACUUAAUAGUUUCUUUUCCGGAAAUGGGCCAUUCCGGUCAAAUUCAGAUAAUAUGACAUUGUCGGAAAAUAAUUACUCAUGGAACAAAAUAGCAAAUGUGCUUUACCUUGAAUCAUCACGUUUCAUUGGCUUUUCACAGGAAAUUCUUUCGAUAAAUGAAUUUGAUUUUAAUAAUAAUAAGACUGUUAGAGAAGUCUUUCAUGCUUUGAUGGAUUUUUUGACUGUAUUUCCGGAAUAUAUCAACCGUCCAUUCUUCAUUACUGGUCACUCAUAUGCUUCUUUAUACAUUUUAAAAUUAUCAGCUCAAAUUAUUAAUCGAAUUCAGAUUGAAAAAACUAAUGAUUUGAAUCUCGUUGGUAUUGCAAUUGAAAAUGGUAUGUUAAGUAAGAUCGAACAGUAUAACUCAUUGAUUACGAUACUUUCAUACAAAGGAGUAAUCGAUUAUGAGUUAGUUUGCUAA